AGAAGAAGAAGAAGAAGAAGAAGAAGGGAGCGAAUUACAAACACCUGAGCACUCUAAUUCAAGGCACGCAUCAACAAGUUCAGACCAAGAAAAACCCUGCCUUAAUAUAACACCCUUCUCUAAAAUGGAUGAGAGGAUGAAGCAGGCUGCUGAAAGGGGAGAUAUUAAUGCCAUGUACCAAUUAAUUGAAGAAGAAGAAAAUCUUUUGGAUAACAUUGACCACGCACCAAAUCUUUUUCGUGUCUUUGGAAAUGAGCUUAUCACUCUUUUGCAUUAUGUUGUAGCAAUAGGUGAUCAACACAUUGAUCUAUUGGAAAAAUUUCUAUUAGUCUGUCCUGAUUCUAUUAGAGAUGUGACGGGGCGAAAAGAGACGGCUCUACAUAUUGCCUUAAAAAAAGAACAACUCAAGGCUUUCAAAUUCUUGGUGGGAUGGCUCGGAAGAAAUUUCUUGAAAAAUUCUUUAUCAAAUGUAAAAGAAGUUCUGGACCAGAAGGAUGAUGAAGGCAAUACUGUAUUGCACAUUGCAGUAUCAAAAAAUCUUAACCAGGUUGUGAGUCACUUACUUGCUUGGGGUUUCCAAUUUGUCGAUGUAAACAGUACAAAUUCAAAGCGUAAAACAGCAUGGGACAUCUCACAAGGACAAACACAAGUAGACAACACAGCAUGGGACAUCUCACAAGAACAAACACAAGUAGACAACAGAGAGAUCAAGCUUAUGCUACUUAGUGCUGGAGCUUCAUCGGGUUCAUCUCUUUCUAGUGAUAAUAAUAUUGAUGAAUUUUACAACUUAAUUGGAGAGGAUGAAAAACUUUUGGAGCACAUUGAUGAGCUACCAUUUUUUAAUACUCCUUUACACAUUGCUGCAUCUUAUGGGAACAUCCGAUUUGCCCUGGAGAUGAUGAGUUUAAAGCCCUCAUUUGCAAGGAAACUAAAUCAAAAUGGGUUUAGCCCUAUUCACCUCGCUUUAAGAAAUAAGCAUAAAGUGUUAGUGCGUAAGCUUUUACAAAUUGAUGGGGACCUUGUUCGUGUCAAAGGAAGGGAGUGUCUCACUCCUUUGCAUUACAUGGUAGAAAGCUUUGAGGACCUUGCUCUAUUGGAAUUAUUUCUAGAAGUCUGUCCUGAUUCUAUUACAGAUGUGACAGUGGAAAACAAGACGGCUUUGCAUAUUGCCCUCAAAUAUGACAAGCUCAAGGCUUUUAAACUCAUUGUGGAAUGGCUUGCAAUAAAUUGUUCAGAAAAUGAUCAAUUUAAUGAAAGAAAAGUCCUGGGCUGGAGGGACAAUGAAGGCAAUACUGUGUUGCAUAUUGCAGUAUCAGAAAAGAAAACCCAGGCGGUGAGACACUUGCUUGCGGUUCCAGUUUUGUCAAUGUUAAACCAUAUAAAUAUGGAGGGUAAAACAGCAUGGGACAUCUUGCAAGGACAGACACAAGAAGACAACAGAGAGAUUAGGGUUAUGCUAUGCCGUGCUAAAUUUAGAUGGCAUCCAAUGAAUUUGCUGUCAAUGCCUAAUGUUGUGAUCCGUUUGAAUACAAAAAUUAAACGUGAAGUAUGGAAAUUAACAGACGGAAGUCGCAAUAUGUUUCUGGUGGUUGCAGUACUGCUUGUAACAGUCAGUUAUCAAGCGGUACUCAGCCCUCCUGGUGGACUUUGGCAAGAUAAUGGUGAGUGCAUCAACCUCACUGAAUAUAAUAAGCAUUCUAAUGGAAGCAAUUAUCUGACUCCCUUCAAUCUAACAACAAUAGGGAGUAGUAAUUAUCCUGUAACCAUUGAUCUGACUGAGUCCAGUGCCACACUAGUGUGUGAACACUUAGCAGGGACAGCCAUUGGUUCGAAAAAUACCCUUUUUAUAGUGUUCAUCAUUUUUAAUUCUUUGACAUUUGCGCUCUCAAACUUAUUAAUAAUUCUCCUCAUUCUAAAUGGGUGCAUUAAGCUUCUGUUCUUCGGACUCAGUAUCACCCUCUGCUAUAGCUAUCUUUAUUCACUUCUGGCCAUAUGCGAUAUUCCAGAUAUGCUAAGUGUGCCUGUGAUUUUUACGGCCUAUUAUUGUAUGUUGGUACAACUUUUAUCCUGGUACCAAUGAUCAGACAGUGCAAUACAACAGCAGCACAAAAAGCAGGGACAUUUGGGUUCUCAUACUCAGUAAUUGUUCUCCUCAUUCCAGAUGGGUACAUUAAUUUCUUCGAAAUCAACACCCACUUCCUCUGGCUUUGUUACUUUUGUUCACUCCUAGCCCCAGAUUGGUCGAUUAUUCCUGUUUUUCUUUUGGACCUCUGAUUUUUGGAAAGAGUCAGGCUAUAAGUGGUUUGUGGAUUCAAUCAUGGGAGAAGAAUUGAUGGAAAAAAAAUAAUAAUAAUAAGCCGACCUUGGAGCUGUAUGCAUUUGUAAUCUGUGUCAAUUUUUAUUUUUGCUUCUUUGAUAAUAAAAUUCAA